AAAACGCCUCAUCCCCCGUCGGAUAAAUCACAGAGGACUGAAUUGGCGAGAUUAACCCAAAUAGCCGUCGCUGUUCCGCAAAAACGCUCCGUGUUCGUCGUGUGUAAUAUGCGUUAAAGCGCACAAAGGCGACACCAUGGACUUCUACAUCAAUCUGAAGGUGAAUUUCAGGGGAAAUUCCAAGAAUUUUCUCCUCUCGGGAUCCGAGACCAAGAGCUGGGAGUCGAUGGAGGCCAUGGUGAAGCGUUCCUAUGGCCUGUGCAGCCUUCAACUGACCUAUUUUGAUGAGGAGAACGAGGAGGUGUCCAUUAACAGUCAAGUGGAGUAUGAGGAGGCAUUAAAGAGUGCAGCGAGGCAGGGGAAUCGACUGCACAUGAACGUGUACGAGACCCGAGGCCAACCGGCGAGGGUCACCACCAACAAGGCCAGUGGAUUGGAGCCCAAGAGGGGCUUCAGACCCCCACAGCACUGCCCCGCCCUGGCCCAGGUGGUUAGCCGCAAGGUCCAGGCUGCAGUGCCAGAACAGGGCAUAUUAAUCAUGAAAGAAGUGAAAGGGACCAAAGAAGAAGACAAGACUCCUCCAGCCUGGUUCACGUCUUACAUGGAGAAGUUUAAAGACCAGGUGGUUCGUGAGGCGGUGGAGAAGAUCUGCAGGGAGUUCUCUGGACAGUGCUGCAUCCACAAGCCCCUGGGAGGAGGGGGAGCCGGGGGAGGUAGAGGGGAAGCAGUAGGGGGAGCAGAGGCCCAGCAAGUCCCUGAGGUGUCCUCCACCCUGCCUGGAGCUCCAUCCUCCUCCACUCCUCCCUGCUCCUCCUGCAGGGGGCAGACCACUGGAGGAGGCUACCAAUGCAGUGUGUGUACCUCCUGUACUCUGUGCGAGCCCUGCAGUUUUUCUCAUGAUCCCAGUCACAACCUGGUGAGAGCUAGGACUCCUCUGUCCAUCCCGGAACACGGAUCACCUGCCCCUGACCACAGCAAGUCCUACAGGCGAGGUGACCGCAGUUUCCGGAAGGCGGAGAAGCAGCGGCUGAAAGCAGAGAAACGCCUGCUGAAGGCCGAGGUCAAAGAGAUCCGCAAACAGCUGAGGAUGGAGAGGCGGGGAAUACAGUGGAGCUCCUCUCACAGAGAAGGAAGCUCCUCCCCUGUCCUUCUGCAGCCUCGGGCCACCCAGCACAACAGUCCGGAGCGUCCAAAACGUCCUUGUCCCCUGGUGGUUCCAGCCAUGACGGCUGCGUUUCUGGAUGAGAACCUUCCUGAUGGAACCCGACUGCGUCCUGGGACCAAGUUUAUUAAAUACUGGAAGAUGAGGAACACUGGAACUAUCAGCUGGAGUGCUGAUACUAAGCUGAAGUUCAUGUGGGGUAACCUGGCGGUGGGAUCUGGGGACCGUUGGAGAGAAGUCUCUGUUCCCUUCCUUCAGCCAGGACAGGUUGGUAUAGUGAGCGUAGCACUAUGUGCUCCGACUGUGGAGGGCUCCUACACCUCCCACUGGCGUCUGGCCCAAGCUGGAGAGCAGUUUGGACCAAGGGUGUGGUGCAGCAUCGUGGUCGACCCUCUGGCCCCAGCACCCAUGAUGGCUGAUGGGAUACUGGUGUCGCCCUGUGUCACACCACAGGGUAAGAACCCAGUAGCAAAAGAUGGAAAAGCCUGUGCAGCUUCUAGGGAGCAACCUUUAAUGUCAGUGGACCAAGAAGAGUACUACAUCCCCUCUGUAGACCUGCUUACUGCUCAGGAUCUUCUUUCUUUCGAGCUGCUUGACAUCAACAUCGUACAAGAGUUGGAGAGUGUCCCAAACAAUACCCCUGCUGACAUGACUCCCUGCAUGUCCCCUCUUCCUCAAGAUGGCCACCUGCAGGACAAGACCAGUCCCUCUUUGGGUCUGAUCCAAGAAGAAACAGAAGUCAUCAAUAGCAUCAUGGAUGUCUCCCAUGGGGCAGGAUCUGGAGCUGAGGGGGGCGGAAUCCCAGCUCAGGAGGAAGGGGAGGAUGACAUCAGCGGGACUCAGUUUGUUUGUGAGACUGUGAUCCGUUCAAUGACUCUGGAGGAGGCCCCUGACCAUGCCCCUCUGAGAAAAUCUCACCCAGGGACAGGUAAAGUGGCGCGUCCAGCUGCUCAGGGGGGCUCCUCCUCCUGUGUGAAGAGUAAAACAUUGAAAACCGAGGAGAUCCCAGACAGUAAGCCCAGCAGCUUGAACAACACCCUGAAACCACCAGCUACGCUGAAGGCUUCUCUCCCUUCUCCACCGAAAGCCUCCCUGCCUGCUCCCAUGUCUGUGGCUCUGACCCCAGGGCUUGGCCCCAGCUCAGCACCAACCCUGCUCCACGCUUCGGCCAGGGCUUCCACACUGCAGGAGCACACAGCCACAGAUGAAGUUGAAGAGUCUCAUAUGGAGAGCAUCUGUGUGGAGUCCAGGGUUAAGGAGAGAGAGAAGGAGCUAGUGGAGGAGAAGGAGAAAGAGGGAGAGGACAAGAGAGAAGGGACGAGAAGUCGCUCCUCCUCCACCUCUUCAGAGGAUUACAUCAUCAUCCUCCCUGACUGCUUUGACACCAGUCGGCCACUGGGGGAGUCCAUGUACAGCUCUGCUCUGUCCCAGCCUGGUGACAUACCAGCCAAGACCCCCACAGACCCAGAUACUCCAUCUUCUUGCCACCCAGGCUGUACUGCAGAGGGGGAGCUAGGUGAGGCGAAUGAAGCAGCUGCAGCUCCAGGGACAGAGUUGUCAGGCACCAGCAGUGCUAACGACAUGCUUUGUACAUCUCAGACGCUGGAUGAUGAGCCACUUACACCUGAAGUGGUGGCCCCACCUAAAGCCAUCGUCACACUAAGUCCAGAGAACAGUGGAGAAACAGAUGUUGAUGCUGCUGCUGCUGGGGAAGCAGCUGAGGGCUCCGAAUUGUACCAAACUGAGGAUGUCUCGGGUCCUGAACAAACUCAGACAGAUGAUACUAAAGCUAGUAAGGACACAGAAGACAACCCUGAGGACCUAAGGCACUCAGGUAUCACCAGUGGCCUGGUGAAGGGAGCUCUGUCAGUAGCUGCUUCUGCUUACAAAGCCCUGUUCACUGGACAAGGCCCCACAGAGCCUCCAGUAGACUCUUCCGCCCAGGACACCAUGAUGGCCGUGUUGGUGGAGAUGGGCUUUGGGGACCGGGCGCUGAACCAGCGGCUGCUAAAGAAACACAACUUCAACCUGCUGGAUGUUGUCAAUGAGCUUGUUCAGAUGACUGACAAUGACUGGUACUCCACACGCUACUAAAGAAAGAGAUGAAGAAGUGGAGGAAGAAGAGAAAAGGGGAUAGAGAAGAAGAGGAUAUACAAGAAAUGAUGGAUGAAGAAAGAGGAGGAAGAUAAACGGGAAGGGAGAAAUUCAUUUCUGUUCAUCUACCUUUUAACCUUCGUCCUUCUGCCAAUCUCCUCUUACUGGUCCAGUUGGAUGGAGAACAUUCUUCUCUAUGACCAUCUAAAGGGACAUUCCAGCAAACUCUCUUGGAUCCUGUAUCAGACCAUCACACACCCACCCUCUGUGGUAUUACUUUCAGUGUAGGCCUUGAUAGACACAGGGCAGUUUAUUUGCUUACCAAUCUAAAAAAGUUAAAGAAAGAGACAUGUUCCUAAAGUCUCAAAUGAGUCAUGUUUAAAUUUCAAAAAAUUAAGGCUACAUAUCCCAAGAGCACUACAGCAGCUAGCUGUGAAGCUAGCUAAAAUUAAGUUGUGCUAGCUGCAAAAACUAACCACUUCCAUUUCACUAUAUUAAAGCAAUCCAGCAGAUUUCACAGUUAACGCAAAUACAGCAACAUCAAAAUAAAAAUUAUGUUAAUUAUCCUUUAGUGUAAGAUUAUAUCAAGUAUUUACAUCUGCUAUGAGAACAAUAAUAAGGAGAUCCACAUCACAGGUCACUUUUGUACCUAGCCAGUUAAGUCAGAGAAUGUUUAAACAUGCUAGUCAGUCAUAGACUUAAAAUCCACAUUAAAUUUAUUGUAUACUUUUGUCGUACACCAAACAGUGUAAAGUGCUGAUACACUUGCUUUUAAUGAGGCAUUCCUGGGUUCUUGAUGGUUCCAUUGGACCUUUAGUCGUUUGGCUCUGAUCUGCCCCAGAGAUAUGCUACCCUAACCUGAGGUGUCUUUACAAAGUUGCAUAAAGGCCCAGUCACACCAUAGAGUGGCAUCCUGUUCAGCACGUCCAUGCAAAAAAUGUGGUGAUAGUGGUAGUCACUACUUGCAGGACUAGUCGAUAAACUACUUUAACUGGUGAACUAAUGGCUAAUGCUGUCACAACAGCUCCUCAAGCUAAUUGGACAGUAACUUCACACAUUUUGUUCAAAAGCCAUAUUGACCAUGUCACAUCAGUCUUGGUCAGUUUUAAUAUGUCUGGUUUAUUGUGAGCAGUGUCACAAAUCAAUGAGCAAGACUGCUUUGCUUUGUGACAAUAUUUGAUUUUUAUUUGACCUGUGAUAAAUGUGAUGAAGUACCUUGAUUUGUCAUCACUAUAUUAGCCAAAAACAGACAUUCCCAUCUGGUGGUUUUAUGUAUAAACACUUAAUCAGUUAAUUUCAAAGACAUUAAAAUUUACUAAUUUUAAGAAUUACAUAUACCAUGAUAGAAGAUAUUAUCCACAUUGCCCACCCCUAAUCACAUUAGGUACACAGGCAAGUAUUUGAAUAAUACUAUUGUGUUGGAACCACUCGUCUAAACAUUUGUGGUGUACAAGGUUAUUAGCCUGCAAUUUUGUUGAUAUUAUUUUUGAUCCAUAACUUUUGUCUAUAUCACUGGAGAAUAUAUAGGGAUCUCACAUAGCUAUUACUGUACUGUAUGCAUAACCUGCUGUAGAUGAGUAGAUGGCCACUGAAAGCAGAAGAACAUUCCUCUCUAUGACUCUGGAUUUGGAGAAAGUAUUUGCACUUAAAAACUUACAGCACACAGGGACCAUUCAUUCAACAUAAAAUCUAACUUUUUCCUAUAAUUGAAUUUUCCUUCUUUCACACAUUGUUGUCUUAACAGUCAAGCAUCUUCCCUGAUGUUGUUUGUUGUCCUGAACAAGCUAGCUGGCUCCCACAAUAAGGAUUUUCUGUAUUCCUCGAACCCUCUGCUCAGACUGAAUGUCUAAGUAUGCUUCAAAUGAACUAGUUCAUUCAAGUCAAGACCUGCUCUGAAUGGCCACACUCAAUGGCGGGAUUCUCUUGGCUGCACCCUACUGCCUCGCUGAUUGCCUAAUUCCAGCAACUCUUUUUCUUCUUUUAACUUCUUUUUUUUUUCUUGGCCUGUUUCCAAGUGACCUCUGCUGUGGUUAAUUUGUGAUGUGAAAAGGAAAUAGGACCAACCACAGGAUUUAACGAUAGUAGAUAUGGGGUUUCAGCAUGAAGGAAAUAAUUGGAUAGUCAUGGUGAUACAUAUGCACUUAAGCAUGUUUUGUGGAUUUAUCCGUGAUAGAAGAGAAAAUGAAAAGGAGUUAAACAGAGCGAAUAUCCUACUCCCUGUGCUUUGGCAAUUCCCUUUUAAAAACUAGGGGAAAUGUAGCGUCUGUAAUAUUGCAGUAAAAGUUGCUUCUUUUACAUCCUAUUUCUACCUGUUCAUUAUUAUUCAAGUGGGUCCAGUGUUGAUCAUGCAAGAUAGCAUCAUCUAACCUAACCCAACCAAACUGUACAAUGAUUAAUAAUAAAUAAUAAUAAAUUCUUUGUUUGAAGCAUAGAGAGGACUGAAGAUAAAAAGGAAGACUUCACUCACACUUAACUCACGGUCUUUCUCUUCAUUUAACAUCACACAUGAAACAGGUCUUUACAAAUCAGCCUGAGAGACAAAAUAGAGCUUGAGUUGAAUCCUUUCAGCCGAGCUCAUAUGUGUUCAUAUCAUUUUGCACUCCUGUCAUCUUUUUUGAGUUUCCUCAUAGUGAUAAGGUGUGGGAGCUGAUACUCUUAAAGGAUGUGUACUUCCUUUGGCAGAGCAUAUUAAAAGUAUGUACAGUACGGUCUUUCCAGACUUUUAACUGGAAUCGAACAGUGUGUAACAAUGUGAAAUGUGCAGUUUUUUUCUCCUUGACAAAUGUAUGAAUAUAUACAAAACCUCCUAGUCGGAAGUAAUGACUAUCAGUUAAUUUCAUUAGUAAAGUUAAGAAUUGAGAUCAUUUGAGGUGUUUUUUCUUCGAGUGCUUGAAGGCUGUUUCGGAAAUUUUGAAAAAAAAUUAGAGCUGUGGAUGUUGUAUUUUCAGGCUUAUUGUGUGGUGGUUGAAUUUGCUCUGCUGUAUGUGUGUGUUAAUGUUAUCUUUUGCAAAAAAUGUUACCAGAUUGACUUUGCACGUGAGAGGACUUGAAGGAUUUGUGGUUAAAGAAAUCAUUUAAUAAAACAGCUCUUGUUGUAGAAUUAUGAUAAAUUGUGUGCAUACCUGGUACCAGUAUCACUGGUCAAGAAAAAAGAUUUAGCACAGAGAUGCUACUCUAUGUUUUUGUUUUUUGGCCAAGCUGCAAAUUCAAAUAAAAAUUGCUGUCUCUAGAAAACCAUAGACACUUAGCCUGCAAUUAAAUUAGGAAUAGUUUAAUGUUUUGAGAAAUAUGCUUAUUCAUUUUCCAUUUCCAUUCUUAUGUCU